UAUUCAGAGUUGUUUUGACUUCUAGGACUAGGUAUAUAUAGCCGUGAGACACGGGUGGUUACAGUGCCCUCUGGCGGAGGUGGUGGUGAGGGUGGGGAGUCUUGCGAGGAGUGAGCUGGGUGGGUCUUGAGCCCAGUCACACCACACACUGCCGUUGACACCUGCGGCUGCCUCACGCCCUCCACUCUCAUAUUUACCUGUUGCACCGAUAAGCUUCGCGGAUAUUUUACUGUGUUCGUUUUCUGUACCUAAAUGCAGAAAUGGUCGUGUGAUAGAACAUUUACAUUUUGUACCAGAACUGCAACACUGAAAACUUAAAUAACAAUCUUGCACCGGAAAUUCAGUGUUUUAGUUAAUAAAGUGUAUCCAGGCAGUAUAUAUAUAUAUAUAACUGGUGAUGGAAGUGGGUGUAUGAUGUGUGGUAACGGGUGACUGGUCAUGAACCACGACCCUCGCUCUGCAGGUCGUCCGCCACCAUGCCCAAGAAGGCUCCCGCUCCCAUCACUAGUGACCAGGGCCAUGGUAAGAGACGACGGGUGCCCAGGAGGCCUCGGUACGCGAGUAGAUUCAGAGCAGAAGAAUUGCCGCCUAUACAAUCAUUAUCGUGUAGUGAUCAGUCGGAUUUGGCUAAAAGUGGCCGGUAUCACGAAGAGGAGCUGGGUUUGGCGUCCAUUCAUCCUCAUAUGCGCAGUUCGGACACGGAUUUAACCAGACGUCGAAGGCUGACGCGCACGGAUGGAUGGGAGGUGCCGAAGACUGUGUCGUUCUCGCUCGGCGGGAACCUCCUCAAGGGUCGGCGUUCGUCCAGAGAAGACCAACUCUCCCCCUCGAGACUUCCCUUCUCCUUCAGCCUGGAGUACAUCCACAGGACCUUCGGCAGGAGCGCCUCUGACCCCUCCGUUCUCCACGACUACGACGACGACGUCGGUGUAAUGGCAGCACUUGGAGCACAGUACCACACCCCUGGCAACACCAUGGCAGGUGGCAACGGAGUCUCCAGACUUGCCAUGAUGCAGGCUCGUCUGCGGGAGCAGCUGAUGGUGGAGAAGGAGUCCCGGCUGCUGCAGAUGGCUGCGCGGCACGAGGCUGAGCGGGAGGGCACCAUCCAGAGGGUCACAAAGUCCUCCGCCUCCACGCUGUCCUCCUCCCUCUCCUCGCUCUCCUCCCUCAACUCCUCCGGCGGCCAGGGACGCGUCAGGAAGCUCUUCCAGGAGCGGAGGAGCAAUGGGUAUGGUCACAGCCCCGUCGGGCGAGACAAGAGCUACCCUCUGGAGCCCGUGAGGGGCGGCAGCACGGGCGUUGGUCGCCCGCCGGUAAAACCACCCGUCAAGGGCAUCGUUCGCACCCGCGGCGUGAGCGUUGACCGAGGCAAGGUCAACUAUGACCCGGAUGUGAUGAAGCGGUCAAGAAGCCACGCCGCCCUCCAGCAGAACGGCAACUUGAACAGUGAGCCACGCUCUCCAGGUCGAGGUCUCCGGCCGCCACAGACGCGGCCGCCCGCCCACCACAAGUCCACCUCCUCCCUGCUAGAUGCCAACCAAAACUACAACGGGCGUGGCAGCAGCACGGGCAGCAGCGGCGGCUACAGCAGGGACCCCUCGCCCGCCCCCUCCCCUUCACCCUCAAACGCUAAUCGCUUUGGCUUCCGUCAGACUCCCUCGAGGGGAGCCUCGCCCGCGCCGCCCUCGGUCAACGGGUCUCCUGUGAGAGUGGCGCCCACACAAGGCCCUCGUAAGCCCCAGAGCUUCAGACAAGACGAGACUGACGGAGCGCCCCCAAGCCAGCCGCGUCAACGCCCCGCCCCGCCCGCACGUAAACCCCCCGUCAGACAACCACGACAACCUCCCCCGCAGCGAAGACCGCCGCCACCGCCAGCCGACGACGACGACACCAGCGACGCCGUCCUCAGUCAUCGACCACCCGACAGUCCGAGCAAGCCGAGCGUGCGAGGGGCCCCGCCUGCCAGGACCAAGCCCAAGCCGCCUCCCAAACCCAAGAACGCCCCAGCUGCCUCUCCACGGGCCUCCAAGCCGCCCCCAGGACUGGAGAGUUGUAAGAUUUGUGGCCGCAACUUCGCUCCAGAUCGGUUAGAAAAGCACGAAACUAUCUGCGCAAAGUCUCAAGCAAAGUCCAAGAAACGAAAGGCAUUUGAUCCCGUUAAGAUGAGAACCAAGGGUACAGAAGCCGAGGUCUACAUAGCCAAAGGGAAGCAUUUGGUGGACCCUCCCAAGGCAAAGCCCAAGAAAAAAGACUGGAAAAAGCAACACGAAGACUUCAUCGCCACGAUCCGCGCGGCCAAGGCUGGCACAGAGCCGCCGCCCACUGACAACUCUGACUACAUUCCCUGCCCGCACUGUGGCCGCAAGUUCGCCGAGGCCGCCGCAGACAGACACAUUCCAAAAUGUGCCUCUAUCCAGAGCAACAAACCUGCUGCCAACCGAAAGAGGUAAACACACACCUGCUGUCAACCGAAAGAGGUAAACACACCCCUGCUGUCAACCGAGAGGGGUAAAAACACACCUGCUGUCAACCGAGAGGGGUAAAAACACACCUGCUGUCAACCGAGAGGGGUAAAAACACACCUGCUGUCAACCGAGAGGGGUAAAAACACACCCCUGCUGUCAACCGAGAGGGGUAAACACACACACACCUGCUGUCAACCGAGGCAGGAGAGGACAACGUGGACAGAAUAGGACAUACCUCGACCAGACUGGCUUCAGUAUAAUAUGGACAAAAUCUACUGGUCUAAUUAUUUCGUUAAAUCUUGUUUAAUCCAGGAUAGAUUUAACAGAAAAAUGUUAAUUUUGAAAAAAGUUUACCAACAUUGACAUGAACUUGUAUAUUUGGUGUUUAUAAUGCAUAUACAAAUUGAAUAAAACACACAUUGCUACUCAUAAAAGAAGCAUUUAAUGUUAUUUUUUGCUAUAGUAUGAGUUUGUAAUAUGUUUGGCAUAGCAAAUGUUAACUGGUACUUUAAACUUGUAAAGAUAUUGGGAAAUGGCUCUAAAUUUGAUGGGCAAAAGUAGUUAACUGUAAUGAUGCUUUUGAUUGAUUGCUUUUUAAUCACCAUAUAGUCUUGGUAAUAUAGCUGAAUGACAGCAAAAUAUAUCAACCCUAUUUUAAUUCUUUUAAGUCGUAUAUUUGCAGAAGUUUUCUUAGUCGAUGCGAGUUAACAUAUUAAUGGAAUGAAAUAUCCAGUUUGUAAUGGGGAGAUUUUGUCCAGCCUAUGUGAAAUGACUGGAGUAAAAAAAAAAAAAAUUAGUUUUGAGUAAGGCUGUUUCAUUUUGUUAUUUAGUAUAUGCUUCUUAAUUUAUUUCUGCUUUCUCAAUAACAUACGUGCUAUAGAUAUCAGUGAAGAAAUUUAACUAUUGUACAUACAAGACUAAACAGAGCCAAACGUAUGAGACGAACACAAUUAAGUUGACUGUUAAAACAUCUUUGCUCAGAUAAAUAUUUGUAAAAUAGGAUUUAAAUACUGUAUACUGUUGUGUGCGUUCUUGAAGUCAUACAAAGUUUUGCAUCGAAACUAGAUUAUUUUAGUACCAUACUGUCUGUGAUAACUCAAUGUGGUGAGGAAAAUUUAGACUGAAAAGAAAUUUUGUUAGCAGCUCAAUAAAUUUGCUUCACAAUUGAAAAUUUCCUGAAAGGGAUAAGCAUUUAGGGAUAAGUGUUGUGAAUAUUUUCCAGCUUGUAGCAUAUGGCUUUCAACAAAUAAAUUACUGGUCAAAAUACCCCUUUGAUUCUAGGAAUCUAGUUCUUUGAAUUCAAAGUUAUACUAGAUUUUUUAAAUAUUGUUAAGUCUAUUACGGAGAGAAUUGCCAUACAAAUUUAGGAGUUACCUAUAUUUUUUUUAAUGUAAUACUUGGAAUACUGCUAUUGAAGUAAAGCUUGCUACAGCUACUAGUUUUUUUAUUUAAUAGCUUUGUAUGUAAAAUAAAUUUUACAAUAAAAUGUAAUAACACA